AUGAUCCUUCUCUUAACAAUUCAUUCAUUGUUAUUUACCAUAUGUUAUAGUGUCCCGUUUGGUAAAGUUAAUAAAACUCGAUUUACUAGUAGAGAUCUAUUAAAUAGUGAAGCUAUUUGGCUUUCCAAUCAACUAACUCCAGAAAAAUGUUUAUGUACAAUUUUGUCUCAAUAUAAUAAUACUCUUCUUUUCAAUAGUUAUCAGAAUGGUUCAUGUCAAGUAUUCUUGUCAUUACCAUAUACAUAUACAAUGGAAUACAGAAACGAUUCCACAUUUAUUCUUCUUUCAUCAUUACCAUCAAGAGAUAUAGCACCUUGUUGUUCAAACUUACCAUGGCUUAUCAAACGUAUAACUAAUUCAUCAUUAUCAUCAAUCAGUCUUAAUACACCUAGUUAUUUAGUUAUUGAUGAUUAUGAUGAAUUAGUUAUACGUUUGAUAAGCCAUGGUAAGUUUGAACAACAAGGUGCUAUAUCUCUUGAUGGUAAUGAUGAAAGAAGAAUAAAUGUGGAAUCGUUUCUGUAUUCCAUUGUAUAUGUAUAUGGUAAUGACAAGAAUACUUGACAUGAACCAUUCUGAUAACUAUUGAAAAGAAGAGUAUUAUUAUAUUGAGACAAAAUUGUACAUAAACAUUUUUCUGGAGUUAGUUGAUUGGAAAGCCAAAUAGCUUCACUAUUUAAUAGAUCUCUACUAGUAAAUCGAGUUUUAUUAACUUUACCAAACGGGACACUAUAACAUAUGGUAAAUAACAAUGAAUGAAUUGUUAAGAGAAGGAUCAUGUUAAAUGAAUUUGUUAUAAUAAGUAAACCUGUGUUUGUAUUCAUGGCUGUCUGUUGUGUUUGAUGAAUAUAACUGAAUUUCAAUAAAUUUAUAUAUCCGUAGUUCAAUAUAAACUAUGAGCGAUGAAAAAAUAUAAGAGUUUUUUUACGAGAUCGAAGAAUUUAUAUAUGGUGAGACAGUAUAUUAUUUUCUUUUGUAAUUCAUAUACUUGAAA